AUGAAAUUCGCCAAAGAAUUGGAACAGGAGCUAGUUCCAGAAUGGCGUGCCAAGUACCUGGAUUAUAAGGCAGGGAAAAAGAAACUCAAGGCCAUCACGCGGGCCAUCCAGAAAUCCAAUCGAAAUCCGAGCUAUCCGUCCCUUCGCCGUGCCACCAUCGGUCACGAUGAUCCGUCGUUCGCUUCACCCUCCGGCCCCGAUCGCGCUGCCUCCGAUCGAAGAACCGAUGCCACCGACUCGAUCCAUAACCCUUCGACUCCAGCCCGAAGUGGCGCGCUCCCUACCCCCCGUCCUCGAAACGAGCGCCAACCGCUGCGAAACCCGGGCUCCCGCUUCUCUGCGGCCGUGGGAAGCUAUGGAAGUAUAAUUGCGACGCCACCACACCACCCUGGCUCGUCCGAUGUGGCGUCUCUCGAGCUGCCGGACCCGGCGCUCGACCCCAAAGAACACGAGUUCAUGUCCGAGGGUGAGGACCGCCACCUGCACGCCCUCCGGUCGCCGUCCCCCGUUAUGUCCCGGCAUGCCAGCACGCGGACGGUGCCCACGGAAGCCUCCAACGCCAGCCCCUUGGCGAGGCAGUCCACCGCCGGAAAGGGCCGCAGGAGAAACACGGUAUCGAGUCCGUCGGCCAAGAGGACAUCCCAGCUGCUCAAGCGUGUCUUCUCGCAACCCGAUGCGGACUCGCCGGAGAAGCGGGCCCAGGAAACCCAGCAGCAGUCGGAGAUUGAACGCCGACAGGACGAAUUCUUUGCCUUUCUGGACGAUGAGUUCGACAAGAUCGAGUCUUUCUAUCAGAUGAAAGAGAAGGAGGCCACCCAGCGGCUGCACGUCCUCCGCGAGCAGCUCCAUGUCAUGCGGGACCAGCGCAUCCAGGAGGUCCUGGGCACGAAGUCAUCCCGGGCACCGGACGGCGACACGGGUCCGUCCAACGGAUUCGCUGGCCUUAACGGCUCUCGAUUAAAGGACGCGUUCACCGGGCGUCGGAUCGGGAAGAACUCCAAGGCGUUGGCGGAGAUGGCGACCCCCGGGCUGCAAGCGCAAGAUCAAAACGUCGCCCAAGGCCGCAGGGACUUCAGUCGCCGGCCAGAUGACCAGUCGAACCUGGAGGUUCCGUAUCGCGUUGCGAAGAGGAAGUUGAAGUAUGCGCUGCAGGAAUUUUACCGCGGCAUCGAGCUGCUGAAGGCAUAUGCCUACCUGAAUAGAACCGCUUUCCGCAAGAUCAACAAGAAGUACGACAAGGUUGCCCACGCCCGUCCGACGAUGCGGUAUAUGUCGGAGAAGGUCAACAAGGCGUGGUUUGUGCAGAGCGAGGUGAUUGAGAAUCUGAUGUCAGCAACCGAAGAUUUAUAUGCGCGGUACUUUGAACGCGGCAACCGUAAGCUGGCCGCGUCAAAGCUUCGUCAUACGGUCUCGAAAUCCGGGGACUAUUCGCCGAAUACCUUCUGCUCCGGCAUUUUGCUGAUGGCGGGCAUUCUGUUCGCCAUUCAGUCCUUGGUGUAUGCUGCUCAGCAUCUCCAUCAUUCCGACCCUGACGUGCAGGUGCAUACUAGCUAUCUGAUGCAGAUAUAUGGCGGCUAUUUCCUGGUCGUUUUCCACUUUUUACUCUUUUGUGUAGAUUGCUUCGUCUGGACAAAGACCAAGAUCAAUUAUGUUUUCGUUUUUGAAUAUGACACUAGACACGCCUUGGAUUGGCGUCAAUUAUCGGAGUUACCUUGCUUUUUCAUGUUUAUACUGGGAUUGUUUAUGUGGUUAAACUUUCUGUCGGUCAACGCCAUGUAUGUGUACUGGCCCGUCGUGCUGGUAGCUGUGACGGUGAUCGUGCUUUUUCUGCCCGCCCGCGUAUUGUAUCAUCGAAGUCGAAAGUGGUGGGCAUAUUCUAAUUGGCGUCUCGCCCUCGCGGGGUUCUAUCCUGUCGAGUUCCGAGACUUCUUCCUCGGAGACAUGUACUGCUCUCAAACAUAUGCCAUGGGCAACAUUUCGCUCUUUUUCUGUCUAUACGCCAAACAUUGGACGAAUGCCUCGCAGUGCAAUUCUUCCCAUUCUAGACUAUUAGGGUUCUUCACCACCAUUCCAUCCAUAUUGCGAGCUCUGCAAUGCAUCCGUCGUUAUGCGGAUACGAAAAACGUCUUCCCGCACCUGCUGAAUUUCGGCAAAUACAUGUUCGGCGUGCUCUACUACGCUACUCUGAGCAUGUACCGCAUUGACAAAAUCACUCGGUUUGAGGCUCCAUUCAUCACAUUCGCCCUGUUGAACGCGGUGUACACCUCCGUGUGGGAUCUCGCCAUGGACUGGAGUCUGGGCAACCCGUACGCCAAGCACCCACUUCUCCGCGACGCUCUGGCGUUCCGGAAAGCGUGGGUGUACUACGCCGCCAUGGCGAUCGAUGUGAUUGUGCGGUUCAAUUGGAUCUUCUACGCUAUCUUCGCCGGGGACAUACAGCACUCGGCGGUCCUGAGCUUCGCCGUUUCCUUCUCCGAAAUCUGCCGACGAGGUGUCUGGACCAUUUUCCGUGUGGAGAACGAACAUUGCACCAACGUUCUGCUCUUCCGAGCCUCGAGGGACGUGCCCCUGCCCUACGAGCUAGCCUCUCCGCAGGCCGAAGCCGACCAAACCGCGGAUAUGCCACUGCAUGAAACGGACACCUCCACGGCCCAGUCUGCCCCCGCGGAUGUCGAGCACGGCACUCCAUCGACGCCCGGGGCCUCGAUGCGCGCGCGUGGCAUUUCGCGCGUCGGAACCAUCCUGGCGUCGGCGCACGCCCAGGACUUCGAGCGCAGAAAGCGUCCAGAUCAGUUGGCUGUUGCGAGCGUGCCGCGCGGGGCCGGGGAGAUCGGAGAUGACUCUAGUGACGACGAUGACUAUCCUGCGGACUCGAGGCCUUAUACACACGCGAAUGAUGUGAUAGAUGAGGAGGGGCCGUCGCGCGGGUCCCCCAGAACAUCUUCAGAGAGAGGUUAG